UAGUAGUUACGAUAAUUUGGAAAUUAUUUUACCACUCACUAAACGUCCUCAACUAGUAAGUAACUUGGUGGGAAGCUGGGGAGUGGACAGUUUCUCUACAUAAUUAAAUAGGUACCUAUGUGAUAUUUGACGACCUUACUUAAUAAAAUUCAUUAAUAUAAAUGUUUCCUAACUUGCAAUACGACCUUGUUAUGUUGAACAAAACAGUAGUUACGAUAGUUCGGAAAUUUGUUUACCACUCACUAAACGUCCUCUACUAGUAAGCAACUUAGCGGGAAGCUGGGGAGUGGACGAUUUCCUAGGAUGAAUAAAUAUGUUGAAUACACAGAGGUGUUCCCAUAGGGUAUACUACAUAUACGCCGUAUACUCUCAAGAUAUUUUGUGAAAACUAUGGGUAUACUGCGUAUACUCUCAAAUUAUAUACAAAAGUAAAAAAAAAAACUGGUUUUGGUUACUCAGAAAAUGCUAGACAACUGGAUUGCUUUUGCCAGUGACGGAGCAAGUGUAAUGACGGGUAAGAAAGCUGGAGUUGCUACUAAACUACGCGAAAAAAUUCCGAAUCUAUUUACCUGGCAUUGUUUAUGUCAUCGCCUCGAACUCUCAGUACAUGACGUAAUAAAAGAUUGUACUGGAGUCUCUCGUUUCCAAAGUCUAAUGGACAAACUCUACGCUUACUAUCAUCAAAGUCCUAAAAAUUCAAUGGGUUUAGAUAAAUCUUGUGUUGAAGUAGGCAUUGAAAUGAAAAAAAUAGGUCGUGUUUUGAAUGUACGCUGGUCUGCAAGCAGUUUUUGAACUAUAAAAGCCAUAUGGAAUAAUUAUCCGGGAAUAUAUUUACAUGUUAGUAAAACACAUGAUGCGACAUCAAACGGCAUAAAAAAAAAAAUUAGAAUCCUCUUCUUUUUUGGAGGAACUUGGACUUUUUUACGAUGUUCUUUCUGAGCUUGCAAUGUUAUCUUGUAUAUUACAGUCCAGAAAAACAACUCUAAUGCGUGCCCAGUCGGAGAUAAAUAGAACGAUUAGAAUUUUAGAAAGUCUGAAAGCUGAACCUGGGGAAAAAGAAAAGGAAAUUAUAGAAGCUAUUCAGAAAGGAAUUAACAAAGGUGUCAAUAUUACAAUGACAAAAUCAGGAGGGAUUAACAGGUUACAAUUUUUGCAAAAUUUAGUAGACAGAAUGCGUCAACGCUUAUUUGAUGACUCAAAAAAUAAAACAAUGCUAGAAGACAUUCAGGUAAUUGAUGAAGUGUUCAAAGUAGCAACUAAUGAUGCAAAGGGAGAAGAUGAAGUUAAAAGAGUAUCACGGACAUUAGGUUUUUCUGAAUUUGAAAGUGUAGUUGACUUCCGUUCAAGAAAUGUUUUUUCUAGUUUCAUGAAAGCAUUAAAUAUACUCCCAACUUCAACAGCUGAUUGUGAACGAGGGUUUUCCGAUAUGAAUUUGACAAUAACUGAUUUAAGGACUAGAUUAAACAUUGAAAAUGUGUCAGAUUUGAUGUUCAUCUCUAUCAAUGGCCCUUCAGUUGCAGAUUUUAAUCCUAGACCUUAUAUUAAAAUUUGGUUAAGAGAUCACCGUUCUGCCGUUUCCACUCCUAGAGGUAAAGAAAGAAAAGAAAUAGACGACGAAAAUAAGAUGCAGAAAUUAUUUUUUAACAAUUUAUUUAAUUAAAUUUUUUAGUAUUUGUAUAUUUUCAUAUUUUAUUGACUUAUAAAGGUAAUUUCAAGCUUUUUUUAAAAGUUUGAUUUUUUUUUCAUAUUUUUAACACAUCCUUUAUAAUUAUAGACCACAGUAAAAAUAUUUGUAUAUUAUUAAAUAUUCAUGUUUAUUACUAAAUCAUGGAUCUUCACCUCGACUAGUCUUAGUAUACUCUCAAAAAAAAUAUUGGGAACACCUCUGUGAAUACACAUAAACAGAAAUUAAUUUUACAAUGAAUAUCAAUUAUCAAAUACUCAAUAUAUGAACUAAUUUAAAAUCAUCUCAUGAAUGUACAUAUUUCUAAAGUAUGAAUCGGGUAUACCUAUAAUAAACCUCGUGUAGAAAAAAUAAAUUUGUUCACAAAUACAAUAGAGUAAUAUUUACUCUAAUGACAAAUACACAAUCAGGAGGAAUAACCUGAAAGUAAAACCGACAACAAACCAAUGGCCUAACACGAGGCGGAUAGCCAAACCACUGAUCAAUCGCUAGAAGACGGGACGAAAUGGGCAAACAAACCACGAGGUGUAUCGAGUCACAAAAUAGAAAUACACGACAGCCAGCUGUUUAUCGAUUAUUCGGUAACCGCCGAUGGAAUAACGGAUUGAUCGUGAUGAAACUACAGAAAGAGCGUUCGAUCGAAAAGAAAACUUGGAGUUUGGGCUUAAACGAGGGCCGCCUCUUGCACGAGUACCGAUUUAAGGUUAUGAAUCAACAUUGUCUCCGGACCACAAUACUUACGUU